CGUCGUUAGACUCUGAACCCUGUGGACGGCUCCUGCGGGGAAGUUAGCAAACCCGUGAUUCAAACACAUUUUUCAGCAGAAUAUCGUGAUUCACUGAGAUCAAAGAUGGCUCUCACACAGGUGUCCUCCAACAAGUGCGCUGGCGGCUUCCAGAAGGUUUUCGAGCACGACAGCACCGAGCUGAAGUGUAAGAUGAAGUUUGCCGUCUACCUGCCUCCCAAGGCUGAGACUGGGAAAUGUCCCGUCAUGUACUGGCUCUCUGGUCUGACGUGUACGGAGCAGAACUUCAUCACCAAAGCCGGCAGUCAGCUCGCUGCUGCAGAGCACGGCAUCAUCAUCGUAGCUCCCGACACCAGCCCACGCGGCUGUGACAUUGAGGGAGAGAACGAGAGCUGGGAUUUCGGCACUGGAGCUGGUUUCUAUGUUGACGCCACCGAGGACCCCUGGAAGACCAACUACCGCAUGUACUCCUACGUCACAGAGGAGCUCCCCAAACUGAUCAACGCUAACUUCCCCACCGACCCUGACAGGACGUCCAUCAGUGGUCACUCCAUGGGCGGCCACGGGGCGCUCAUCUGUGCCCUGAAGAAUCCUGGGAAAUACAAGGCUGUGUCUGCGUUCGCCCCCAUCUGUAACCCGGUGCAGUGCCCCUGGGGGCAGAAAGCCUUCUCAGGAUACCUGGGCUCUGACAGAUCCACGUGGGAGGCGUACGACGCCACCGUGCUGGCGGCCUCGUACUCCGGCCCUCAGCUCGACAUCCUCAUCGAUCAGGGCCGCGACGACCAGUUCCUGUCGGCCAGUCAGCUGCUGCCCGACAACCUGAUCGCCGUCUGCUCCGAGAAGAAGAUCCCCGUCGUCUUCAGACUGCAGCCGGGCUACGACCACAGCUACUUCUUCAUCUACUCCUUCAUGAACGACCACAUCAAGCAUCACGCCAAGUUCCUCAACGCCUGAGCCGCCACCAAGGAACAAGACUCUUUCUGACACGUCAGUCCAUUUCACAAUGACCCUGCCGCUCCGCUCUGCUCCCAUCAAUCACAACCUCUCCAGGCUUUUAUUUUGUUGAGUCGAACCAUGUCAGCUGGUUAGUCACACUCUGUAAUGAAGUGAGUUGGGUCACAGAUAUUUCAACCCAGUCAGAAGCCUCUGUGCCUUCAGUCUGAACAGCACUUAAGUCUGAUAUCAGAUAUCUGAGGAAAUGUUGACCUGACGACGCUCGUGUGGAUUUUGCUGAGAGACAGUUGAGUCACAUUUGUAUCUGUCAGAAUAAAAUCCUCCGUUAUUCAUG